UUGCUCAACCGAUCGGCGUUCAGAUCAAUUUACUGUUGCAGAUUUGAGUGCUGUGAAGAAAGUGUUAUAUCUUACCGGCACGAUUAUUCUGAAAGUAGAUCUUUGCCAGUAACUAUUCCCAGUUACCAUACAGUCAACGACGGCGUAGAAAAAUAUGUGGUAUGUUUGUUUGCUCAUGAUCCAUUGCGUACUUAUGCAGUGUUCAAUCUGUACAUGGCUGGCCGUCAUCUUGGAUCUAGACGGUAUAGCGAGUUUGUGGAAUUACAUCAGCUACUACGCCGUGAAUUCAUAGACUACUCUUUUCCUAAGCUACCUGGAAAAUGGCCGUUUUCAUUGUCAGAACAACAGCUCGAUUCUAGGCGACGAGGACUUGAAAUGUAUCUGGAGCGAGUGUGCUCUGUGAAAGUCAUAGCUGACUCAGACAUUAUG